GCCAUAAACCCGCCCUUCCGGGAUACUACAUCCUGGCGGCUAAUCUUCACGCAGGCGUACUCUGCACCCGAACGCCAUUUUCCAUCGACGACAGAGAGAAGCACGUCUGCUGUAGAGUUGCCAUAGUUUAAACUGCGAGCUGCGUUAAAUAAGAUCCAGUCAUGCAUCGGGAUUGUCCUCUUGACUGUAAGGUUUACGUUGGAAAUCUGGGUAAUAAUGGAAACAAGACAGAGUUAGAGCGGGCUUUUGGCUACUACGGCCCCCUGCGAAGUGUCUGGGUGGCCAGGAACCCCCCAGGUUUUGCUUUUGUUGAAUUUGAAGACCCCAGAGAUGCGACUGAUGCUGUGCGUGAGCUUGAUGGAAGGACGCUUUGCGGUUGCCGGGUUCGAGUAGAGCUGUCCAAUGGUGAGAAGCGCAGCCGUAGUCGUGGUGCUCCACCCUCAUGGGGCAGACGCGUUCGAGAUCGAGACGACUACAGACGUCGAAGCCCACCGCCUAGGCGGAGAUCCCCACGCAGGCGAAGCUUCAGCCGCAGCCGAAGCAGGUCUUUGUCAAGAGACAGGAGGAGAGAGAGGUCCGCCUCCCGGGAAAGGAACCAUAAGCCUUCCAGGUCCUUCUCUCGUUCGAGAAGCCGCUCCAGGUCUACUGAGAGAAGAUAGAGGAAAACCAUGUAAGGUUUAAAGGGAGCAGCAGACCGACGUUUGUUGAGCUCUGCUAUUUCAUAUGAUGGACUCCAGCAUCGACGUGUGAUCGUUUUUUUGUUUAUUUUUUUUUAAAGCCUUUUAGUGUCCUCCCUUUCUUUUGUCGGGACCUUCUUCAAACACAUGGAGUGGGUGUGUGCAGGGACAGUGCCUCAUCUGUUCCACCAACUCAAACCGUUUGUGAUGGUCAUUACACAGGUGUCCCGCGCUGCAUUCCAGAUUUAAUCUCUUUAAGCUUUAGUUUAUGUCCAUUAAUUUGGGUCAGCAUUUUUGUCAUUUUCACUGUGCUAAAG